AUGUCGUCCCUCCCUGCGCCGUUCACAGCGGCCAACAGGUCCUAUGUGAAAUCACUAUACCGCCGCAUCCUCACAAACGAGCUCAACUGGAUUGUUCAACGCGACCUCUGGAGGGCCCGUGCACUCACCAUCCGGGCAGAGUUUGACCGGAACAGGGACGUCCACGACCCCCGUGCGCUCAUCCAAAUCUUCGAGAAAGCCGAAGCUGCCCUUGCUUCGCGCAAGCAUCCCGAUCCCUACCGCCCCGCCGAGGCUCCCGACGGCACGAAGUGGGAACGCAACCUGCCGCCUCCCGUCGGCCCUCUGUUCGACCACGAGCCAUACAACGAGGAACACGGCCGGGCUGGCCACGGGCAUUGA